CCUUGAUGUUUACGGAGCUAUGAACAAAUUAACACGUUAAUUGGUGGCAUGGAACGUCAACAAACGGAACCAAUCCCAGUGAAGAAAGUUACUGUUAAGGACUUAUCGCAAAUACCAUCUAACCACGGUACAACUCCAGGUGGAACUUUGUUCAGUACGACUCCGGGUGGCACUCGUAUAAUAUAUGAACGCGAUUUUAUUCUCAACUGUCGCAACUCACCAGUUGCUCGAACCCCACCAUCUGACAUGAUAUACUUACCAGAAAUAACUCCUCCCAGCUUAAAUAAUGACAAGACAGUCCAUCCGUGUAAUGGUCACAAGGUGAAAGAUUCUCUCAAUGUGCCUGAAUCAACAUCAAAUGAUCAUAACAGACUCAGCAAAGGCGAAGAAGCACCAUUUGAAAUGGAUAUUUGAGGAUAUAAACUUUAAUAAACUAUAUAGAUGUCGCUUAUAAACAUUUGUAAUUCAGAUAUUCUCUAUUAUUCCGUUUACGAGCCAUUAUUACUAUUAAUUUUCUUUUGUUUUCAAUGAACCUGAAAACAAGUAAAUAAAUAUAUAUCUCUUUUGCGCUUUG